AUGACUGUCGACGCGCUCACACAGCCGCACCACCUUCUGUCGCUGGCUUGGAAUGACAUGCAGCAACAUGGCUCGUGGUUUACGCCCUUGGUCACUACCAGCGCGGGGCUACUGUGCCUUCUUCUUUACCUGUACUCGAGUGGCCGGAAAUCUGAGCUGCGGGUGUUCAAUCCGAAAAGAUGGUGGGAACCGACGACCAUGAGGGCCAAGCGGGAUUUUGAUGCAAAUGCGCCGUCAUGGAUUGAGAGCUGGUUCUCGCAAAAUGAUAAGCCCAUUCGGUUCAUAGUCGACUCUGGGUACUGCACCAUUCUGCCCUCCUCGAUGGCCGACGAGUUCCGCAAGAUGAAAGAGCUCUGUAUGUACAAGUUCUUGGGCACGGACUUUCACUCUCAUCUUCCCGGAUUCGAUGGAUUCAAGGAAGUCACGAGGGAUGCACAUCUCAUCACCAAGGUGGUCAUGAACUAG